AUAGUUUGGCAGACUUUCAAUCAGUACUCAAGUCAACGUUCUCCAGUCCAGAGUUCCCCAAGCAGUAGUAACAAAAAACCAAACUUAAAAUGGCAAAGAUUGCAGUGAUCUUCCUUCUGUUCGCCCUGUUCGCCAUGGCUAUGGCUGCUAGCGUCCCCGAGUCCGACCCAAUUGCUGAACUCCGAAAACAAAUUGAUGAUAAUUUGGUCAAGCUCAAGGAAUUAUUUGAUUUCAACAAACCUGAAUUUAAACCAAUUGCCGAUGCUGCCAAAGAUGCCGGAAACGCUACCUUAAAGGGUCUCCAGAACCUAGGAAAUCUCAUUAAUGAACAGUUGCAAAAAGCAACCGUAGCACCACCAACCAAAUAAGGCGUUUAUAAAGCUCAAUUUACUCAGUACACAAAAAUGUCACUAAUAAAUGUUUAAUCUUGAUCAAAAUUGAA